AGCUCUCAAAAGCUCCAUCAAUUUCAUCAUAGUCCUUCGGGCUGAUCAACCAUCACCAUAAAUCGUACUUAUAUUAAAGAAAGAGCAUCAAGAUCGCAUCUUUCGCUAAAUUCUUGAAAACAGCUGCCGUGCUGUAUUUUAGGAGUAGAGAGCUCAAGUGGAGCGCAACCAUCCAGCAUCCACAUCCACCACUGGUCAUAGACGUGCAGGGGAAAUAUCAAUAUCCCAAGGAAGUCGUUGCAACCACCCAUGGCGUCCGCCGCCGCAGACCCGCUCCUCCCCGGCGAGGCCAGCGGCCGCCGCCGCCUCGGGUUCCUGCCCUCAAGCAUCCGCCUCAACACAUCCGUGUGGUCCGAGCUGGGCGGCGCGGUGGGCGACCUGGGCACCUACAUCCCGAUCGUGCUCGCGCUGUCGCUGGCGUCGCACCUGGACCUCGGCACGACGCUCAUCUUCACGGCGCUCUACAACUUCGCCACGGGCCUGCUCUUCGGCAUCCCGAUGCCCGUGCAGCCCAUGAAGUCGAUCGCCGCCGUCGCGCUCUCCUCCGCGCACCUCACCGUCCCGCAGAUCAUGGCCGCGGGGCUCGCGGUCGCCGCCAUCCUGCUGUUCCUCGGCGCCACGGGCCUCAUGACGUGCAUCUACCGCCUCCUCCCGCUCCCCGUCGUGCGCGGCGUCCAGCUCUCGCAGGGCCUCUCCUUCGCCUUCACCGCCGUCAAGUACGUCCGCUACGUCCAGGACUUCUCGCGCUCCUCCUCCGCCUCCACCGCCGCGGCGCGCCCGCUCCUCGGCCUCGACGGCCUGGUCCUCGCGCUCGCCGCGCUGCUCUUCAUCAUCCUCGCCACGGGCUCCGGCGACGACGAGGACGUCGUCGCAGUCGACGACGGCACGGUGGUCCGUCGCCGCCGCCGCUCCUGCAGCCGCGUCCCGGCGGCGCUCAUCGUGUUCGCGCUCGGGCUCGUGCUCUGCUUCGUGCGUGACCCGUCGAUUCUGCGAGGCCUUCGCUUCGGGCCGUCGCCUCUGCGGUUCGUCGGGAUCACCUGGGACGAUUUCAAGAUCGGGUUCUGGGAAGGUGCCGUGCCGCAGCUUCCCCUGUCCGUGCUCAACUCGGUCAUUGCGGUGUGCAAGCUCUCGUCGGAUCUGUUCCCGGAACGGGCCGAGCUUUCCCCGGCGCGGGUGUCGGUGAGCGUCGGCCUCAUGAAUUUCGUCGGCUGCUGGUUCGGCGCCAUGCCGUGCUGCCACGGCGCGGGCGGGCUGGCGGGGCAGUACCGGUUCGGCGGCCGGAGCGGCGCGUCCGUGGUGUUCCUGGCCAUCGGCAAGCUGGCGCUGGGGCUCGUGUUCGGGAACUCGUUCGUGACGAUCCUCGGGCAGUUCCCAAUCGGGAUACUGGGCGUCAUGCUGCUCUUCUCCGGUAUCGAGCUCGCCAUGGCGUCGCGCGACAUGGAUACCAAGGAGGAGUCCUUCGUCAUGCUUAUCUGCGCCGGCGUCUCGCUCACGGGCUCCAGCGCCGCGCUGGGUUUCAUCUCCGGGAUUGUUUUGUACCUGCUGCUUCGCCUCAGGGACGUGGAUUGCCGAGCACUGGUCGGCCGUUGGGGCUCCGGCCGGCGGCAAACCGGGAACAAAGCUGGAGGCGACCAAGAUGCUUGAUCAAAAUCACUUUCACAGGCAAUAUUUGUAUGUACAUAUACAGAAAAGAUAUUAUCUUAGAUGAAAACAAUAUAUUGUAAGAGCAACUUCAAUAGUCUUUAUAAAAUCUACUCUCUAAAUCAUCAUUUACAGAGUAA